AUGUCCAACCUGGAUCAGAGUGUCACAGCAAAACUCAUCAACGGAGGUGUGGCAGGGCUCGUGGGGGUGACCUGUGUGUUCCCCAUCGACUUGACCAAGACUUGACUGCAGAACCAGCAUGGGAACAUCUACAAAGGAAUGCUAGAUUGCUUGAAGACAGUGAGGGUGGAGGGCUUCUUGGGCAUGUACCGAGGGGCUGCUGUGAACCUAACCCUGGUGACUCCGGAGAAGGCCAUCAAGUUGGCAGCCAAUGACUUCUUCCGGCAGCUGCUAAUGGAGGAUGGGAUGCAGCGGAAUUUGAAGAUGGAGAUGCUAGCUGGAUGUGGAGCUGGAAUGUGCCGGGUGGUGGUUACCUGACCCAUGGAAAUGCUCAAGAUUCAGCUGCAGGAUGCUGGGCGCUUGGCAGUCCAGCCUCAGGGCUCGGCCUCAGCACCUCCCUCCUCCAGGUCCUGCACUACUGGCUCAGCGUCCAACCACAAGCGCCCAUCUGCGACCCGCAUUGCCUGGGAGCUGCUUUGCACCCGGGGCCUGGCUGGUGUCCACCAUGGUCUGGGUGCCACUCUCCUCAGAGACAUUCCCUUCUCCAUCAUCUACUUCCCAUUGUUUGCCAACCUGAACAACCUUGGCUUCAACGAGCUUACUGGGAAGGCUUCCUUUGCUCAUUCCUUCAUGUCAGGCUGUGUCGCAGGUUCUGUAGCUGCUGUCACAGUAACAUCUCUGGAUGUUUUGAAAACUCGAAUCCAAACCCUGAAGAAAGGCCUGGGUGAGGACAGCUACAAUGGGAUCACCGACUGUGCCAGGAAACUCUGGAUUCAGGAGGGACCAUCUGCCUUCAUGAAAGGAGCAGGCUGCCGGGCCCUUGUCAUAGCUCCUCUCUUUGGGAUUGUCCAAGGGGUGUACUUCAUUGGUAUUGGGGAGCAUAUCUUAAAGUGUUUUGCGUAG